AAGGUUUCUAGUUGGUUCUGAAAAUUUCUAGACUCUAGUAGAAGAUGAUGGAGGUGGCGGUGGUGGUGCCCCAACUGACUAGUUUUAGAGGCACGCACUUAGUUGAAGUUGAAAAAUUAGAGACCACAAAUACAUACAUACAUAGUGAAGAGAAAUAUUAUACUACCAAUUAGAGAGAGAAAUGGCGAAAUCGGAGGGAGAGCUUCAGUGCGUGGGAAAACUUGAAGUGGUUAGGCCAAAUUCAAGUUCAAAACCCGUCGGUUUCCUCUGCGGUUCUAUCCCUGUUCCCACCGACAAUUCCUUCCAUGCUUUCAAUUCCUCCGCACUCGUUCCUUCGCUCCACCACACAGUGAGUGCUCCGCGAUAUCGGAUGCUUCCGACGGAGACGGAUCUGAAUUCGCCGCCAAUUCUUACGAAUUCCAAGCCUACUACUGCCACCGGAGGUUUUCCAUGGGAAGGUGGUGCUGUUGCAUCAAAUCUUUCUAGGAAAUGUGAGGCCCUUGCAGUAUCUGGUUUGGUUGAGUAUGGGGAUGAGAUAGAUGUGAUUGCUCCAGCUGACAUUCUGAAGCAAAUCUUUAAAAUGCCUUAUUCCAAGGCUCGAUUAUCAAUUGGAGUCCAUCGUAUUGGACAGACGCUUGUGCUGAAUACUGGGCCUGAUGUUGAAGAGGGGGAAAAGUUUAUUAGAAGACAUAAUCAAUCAAAAUGUGCAGACCAAUCUUUAUUUUUGAAUUUUGCUAUGCAUUCAGUUAGAAUGGAGGCUUGUGAUUGUCCUCCAACUCAUCAUGUCCCAUCACAGGAGCAAUCAAACUCUUCUGUACUUCCUGGAAGAAGUACAACUCAUUUUAUGGGGAAGAGUGAUAGUGUUGUUCAAGAUGAAGGAUUCAAUUCUUUUUCUGACUACCCACAAGUUAAACAGGAUGGCCUUCUUUGGGAAAAUAAGAAGAAUAACAGAAGUAAAGGGCAUCAUCCUGUCAAAAAGGUUUCACAAGUUGGCGAGAAGCCUAGGAGCUCAAUGCAAGAGUCUGAAAAACAUAGAAGAGUCAGUAAUGAUGAGUUUUUAAGGGUUUUGUUUUGGCAGUUCCACAAUUUCCGUAUGCUCUUGGGCAGUGACUUACUUCUGUUCAGUAACGAAAAAUAUGUUGCUGUAAGCUUGCAUUUGUGGGAUGUUACACGACAGGUCACUCCAUUAACUUGGCUUGAAGCUUGGCUUGACAAUGUCAUGGCGAGUGUGCCUGAGUUGGCCAUCUGUUAUCAUGAAAAUGGUGUUGUUCAAGGUUAUGAGCUUCUGAAAACAGAUGAUAUUUUUCUAUUGAAAGGAAUCACUGAGGACGGCACUCCUGCUUUUCAUCCUUAUGUUGUCCAGCAAAAUGGCCUUUCUGUUUUGAGGUUCCUUCAAGAAAACUGCAAGCAGGAUCCUGGCGCUUAUUGGCUUUAUAAAAGUGCUGGCGAAGAUGUAAUUCAACUUUUUGAUCUUUCUGUCAUUCCCAAGAACCAUUCUUCCAAUGAUUGUGAUGAUGCCUCAAGCUCCCUACCUACUCUAUUGCAUACGCGAAGUGAUUCCUUGUAUUCAUUAGGGACUCUCCUGUACCGAAUUGGUCACAGGCUUUCGCUUUCAAUGGCUCCUAAUAAUAGGGCCAGAUGUGUGAGGUUCUUUAGAAAAUGUUUGGAUUUUCUGGAUGAGCCAGAUCAUCUGGUUGUGCGUGCAUUUGCUCAUGAACAAUUUGCGAGGCUCAUUUUAAAUUACGAUGAAGAGCUGGAUUUGACAUCUGAAUGUCUUCCUGUAGAAUCCGAAGUUACAGUUACUGAUGCUGAGGAAGAAUCCUUGGACUUUGUUAGUGAUAUUUCUGAAUCAAUUUUCCAUGAAAGGGUCUUCUCUUCAGUUGUAGGUGACAAACCAUAUGAAGAUGGACAAAGUUAUCAAGAUUUAGUAUCAGAAGUUUCUGUGAAGAUGGAGGAAAAUUUAUCUGCUUCCCGGAAUUUGAUAGCAGCAGGUGACAAGGAACAAAGGGAUCCAGAUGGAGCUGCACCAAGUUCCGGUGGUGAUGAAAGCUUUGCAGUGUGCAAGGUGUCUCCAACACCAGUUCAAACUGUUGCUGAUCCCAUUUCUUCAAAGUUAGCCGCAGUGCAUCAUGUCUCUCAGGCUAUCAAGUCUCUUAGAUGGAUGCGCCAACUGCAGAGCACUGAGCUACAGCUGGAGGAAGUCAGUGAAACUAAUGAUAAGUUGCCUUCAUCUAUUCAUUUUUCUGUUUGUGCUUGUGGUGAUGCUGACUGUAUUGAAGUUUGCGACAUUCGGGAAUGGCUUCCAACAUCAAAAUUGGACCAUAGGUUGUGGAAACUUGUUCUUUUGCUUGGGGAAUCUUAUUUGGCACUUGGUCAAGCUUAUAUGGAGGAUGGCCAGUUACAUCAGGCUUUGAAGGUUGCAGAAUUGGCAUGUUCUGUUUAUGGAUCAAUGCCCCAGCAUCUUGAAGACACGAGGUUCAUUUCCUCAAUGAUCAGUUGCUCAUCGUGGCAGAAAAAAUUCAGUGAAAGAAAUGAAAACACAAGAUCAUACAGCGUUGAUGAGAAAGAUGACUUAUCCAACUCUGCAGAUGAUUCUCAAACUCUUGAACAAUCCUCUUCCACUUACCUUUUCUGGGCCAAGGCAUGGACACUAGUUGGAGAUGUUUAUGUUGAGUUCCAUAUAAUAAAUGGAAAAGAGAUCUCAAAACAGGCAGAGAGGAAAUCCAGUAGUAGACAAUUGAGAAUGUCUUCUGAGGUGGCUACGGAAGUUAAAAGGCUCAAGAAGAAGCUGGUGCAGCAUAACCAGAAUUGCAGUUCAUGUUCCUUGGUAAAUUGCAGCUGCCAGAGUGACAGGGCAAGCAGUGGUAGUAGUGCCAGCAGUAGCAAUGCAGAUAUGAGCUCAGUAGCUUAUGGCAGAAAACAAUCAAAGAAACCACAUGCUAAGGGCACAGCCUACUCACUUUCGGGAAACCCUGAAGAUGACUCUGUUCAUCACCAAAUGCAUUAUAAGAAAAAUCCUGAUAUUGAGUGUCUUCAGCACAGCAGAGGUGAUAAAAGCCGAAAAGAAGAUUCUUACACUGAUGGGGUAAAACCUUUGGGGACUAAUUCCAAAAAAAUGGAGGGUUUUUUGGAGACGCAUGAUGUAGGCUCCACAGUCUUAUCUCAAACUGAAACAGCUCCUAGAGAAACACCUAAAGUGAAAAUUGGUGGGAUAUUUAAGUACCUUGGGGGUCCUUUAGUUAAAGAUGCAGAGCAUAAUCUUUUAGCUGCCCUAAGCUGUUAUGAAGAAGCUAGAAAGGCAUUGGGUGGACUUCCAUCUGGUUCAAUAGAAUUACAGUUUGUAGUCAAGAAGAAAGGGUGGGUUUGUAACGAACUAGGUCGUAACAGACUGUCAAGAAAAGAAAUGAACAGAGCUGAAGAUGUUUUUGCAGAUGCUAUCGAUGCAUUUAGAGCAGUUUCUGAUCACACCAACAUUAUAUUAAUUAACUGUAAUUUGGGCCAUGGCAGACGAGCAUUGGCUGAAGAGAUGGUAUCAAAGAUUGAGACUCUUAAAACACAUGCAAUUUUCCGUAAUGCAUACAACCAAGCAUUGGAGACUGCAAAACUAGAAUACAGUGAAUCACUCAGAUAUUAUGGGGCAGCAAAGUUAGAACUGAAUUCUAUCACUGAAGAAGCUGAUUCUGUGACAAGUAACUUGAGGAAUGAGGUAUAUACACAAUUUGCUCAUACAUAUCUGAGGCUUGGCAUGCUAUUGGCAAAAGAAGAUGUAACUGCAGAAGUUUAUGAAAAUGGAGCGUUGGAAGAUACGCAUGUAGGUUAUACCAGUUCUAGUGAAAGAAAGGGAAGGAAAGAAUCAAGAAAGCAUGAGAUUUCAGCCAAUGAUGCAAUAAGAGAGGCAUUGUCUGUGUAUGAAUCACUAGGUGAAUUGCGCAAACAGGAGGCUGCAUAUGCUUACUUUCAUCUAGGUUGCUACCAAAGGGAUUGUUGUUUGAAGUUUCUGGAGUCGGAUCAUAAGAAAAGCAAUUUGUCUAAAGCUGAAAACAGUAUUCUCCAACGAGUCAAGCAGUAUGCCUCCUUGGCCGAGAGAAACUGGCAAAGAGCCAUGGACUUUUAUGGCCCACAAACACAUCCCAGCAUGUACCUGACUAUACUCAUAGAGAGAUCAGCUCUGUCAUUAAGCCUUUCAGGCCUUUUACACUCAAACACGAUGCUGGAAUCAGCUCUAUCACGCAUGCUUGAAGGACGCCAUCUAUCAGAUAAAGAUUCAGACUCUUUCCGAAUCAGCUAUCCUGAGAUACAUGAGAAAUUCUGGAGACAGUUGCAAAUGCUUUUGAAGAAAAUCCUGGCCAUGACAAUUUCAGCCAGUGCAAACAAGUCUGCUUCUGUUUCUCAACCAAAUCCAGUAUCCAAUAGGUCUGGAGAUGCUGAAAAGCUGAGAGAGCUUUACAAAAUGUCUCUGAAGUUCACUGAUAUGAGUCAAUUGCAUGUCAUGCACGCAUUGUGGACAUCAUAAUCAGAAACUUAUCUUUAUAGUUUCUGUUUUUAAACAUUUUCGUUUUAGGAUAGUUGAACAUUACUUAAUACGCCACUCUAUAUUGGGUGCCUAUAUCACUGAGAGGAAGAUUUUGAAGAUGAAUGUUUGGCACUUUCAAAAUUUCAUUUUGAUUGUCAGAUUACAGGA